AUGUCUCGAUUGGUUCCUUACUUGAUCACACCGGAACCAAAGCGUAUAGCUCGUUUUAUUGGGGGACUAGCCCCAGAAAUCAAGGCAAGUGUGAAAGCAUCGAGACCUACUACGUUCAGGUCAGCGGCAGAUCUAUCACUAUGUCUCACACUUGAUGUGGUUAGAAACAAGGCUGCCAAAGCUUCUGAUGAUGGAAAGCGUAAAAGGGAGGAUGAGAAUUCUCAUCGCUCCGAUAAGAAGAAAAAGGGGAACUGUGAUCAUAAGAAGAGUUCCGGGUUUAAGAAGGACAACCAGCAGUCGGGUGAAAAGACCAGGAACCAAGUCUCGAGUAUGACAAACUCGGAUAAGACAACCGUCAAUCGUGCCAUUGAUGAUGCGACACAUGCUAAUGAUGCUACAAUUGUGAACCUCAAAAUUAACAAAGAUGUUCCCCAAGCUAUGACAGACGCAGCUGUUGGAAAAGCUGUGAGGAAGGUCGUGAAAAAGUUCAAAGAGCCCAAUGCUACUUGCUCCAAAUCCCAUUUAAGACUACACUCCCUUACUCACGAGAAGGAUCUUGUUCAUGCCUCGGAUGCGAAGAAUGAACUAAAAAGGAAAAGGGAGGAAGAUAACUCCCAAAUUUCUAAGAUAAAAAGGCCUAGGGCUUGUGGGAUCUGCAAAUCAAGUGAGCAUAAAACGUUGGAUUGCAAGGACAUAAAGGAUGCAGUCUGCUUCGACUGUAACGAGAAAGGCCACAUCAAGACUACAUGCCCUAAAUCUGUCAAGGGAAGUGCGGCUAAGGAUAGAAAGCCUAAGAAUGAAAGCGCUUAA